AUGGAUGCUUUUGGUGGAGCUCCCCGAUUCCUUGCCUCUCCUCGUACUUUCUCAGUCCAAAGUGGCACGAAUGCCAUCCUGAAGUGGCAGGUGGCCGGGGAGCCGCGUCCCAGCAUUGUCUGGGAGAAAGAUGGCUCUGUGCUAGAGCUGCCCUCUGGCCGGAUGUUUCUUGAAGUGAACGGGGAUGCAUACAGCCUGCUGGUCUCUCAGGCUGGCCCAGGGGACAGCGGACGCUAUGUGUGCAAAGCAAAGAACAGUGUGGGUGAAACCUAUGCAGCUGCUCUGCUGAAAGUGGAAACAGGAUCCGAACUGAAACCUAAUGGAGAUCUUGACUGUCAGUCUCCCAUCUUCCUGAAUAGGCCUGUCUCAGCAUGUGUGACCCGGGGUGAAGAUGUGACUUUUGCCUGUAGGGUCUCAGGGCAGCUUGAAUGGAAAAAAGAUGGACGCAGAUUAUCAGACAUCUUUGAGAGCAGCCAUUACAGAAUGGAUGUAGAGCCUGGGGAUUGGCAUUCUCUGCACAUCUAUAACACCCGAUUGCCAGAUGCAGGCGUCUAUGUGUGCCGAGCACAGAACAGCUUUGGGGAGAGCAUGGCUGCAGCGGUGCUCCUGGUAGACCCUCCACCUGAGUCACAAGACGAUAAGAGGCAUCCACACCACCCUGCACGCAUUGUAUUGUCUGAAGGCAGGCAGAAUGGAGAAGUGCUUCCCAGCUCCCCCCCUACAAAGUCUUUUACUGUGAAUGAAGGGAAGCAUGCCAAGUUCCGCUGCUACGUCAUUGGCAAGCCCAAGCCGGAGAUCGUCUGGCAGAAGGAUGGUAAGGUGUUGUCCCCUGGACGAAGACACCUGCUCUACGAGGAUAGAGAGGGCUACUUCAUCCUUAAGGUGUUGUACUGCACAGCACGAGAUUGUGGACUCUAUGUGUGCACAGCCUGCAACACUGCCGGCCAGACGCUCAGUGCGGUGAGACUCCAUGUCCAAGAACCCCAGCUACAGUUCCAGGCACCUUUGAUGGAUGUAGAAGUGAUGGAACACCAAGAUGCAGUCUUAGAGUGCCAGGUGCCUCUAGAGACAAUGCCUACCGCAUGGUAUCUUGAAGACAAGCGCCUGCAACCCAGCCCCAAGUACCUGAUGGAGGAGCAGGGCCUACUGAGGCGGCUGACAGUGCGUGAUGCACGGGCCGAUGAUGACGGCAUCUACCUGUGUGAGAUGGAAGGCAAGGGCCGCAGCAUUGGGGAGCUCUCUGUGCAAGGUCUCAUUGUAAAGCGCUUGCCACGAAAACUGGAUGUGAUGGAAGGAGAAAAUGCAGCCUUCUAUGUGGAGACCCGGGAACCUGUGGAAGCACCAAGUUGGGGCCGUAAUGGGCAAGAACUGGUUGAGGCCCCACAUACGCUUAUUAGGAGCUUUGGGAAAACACAUAUUUUGGUAUUGGUACAUGUGUCACGGCAUGAUGCUGGAGUCAUCACUUUCAUGGCGGGCGACUCACAAACAUCAGCACAGCUUCGUGUGAAAUGUGCCAAAAGGAUUCCACCAAGUGCACCUGUGGAAGUAAAGAUGUGCACCAGACGUAGCAAUGCUGCCCUCCUGGCGUGGUGCCCACCACCAAAUCUACAUCGUAGCCCACCAAGCAGCUACAUCCUUGAGAGGCAGACUGUAGGAGAGGCUGAGUGGGUGCCUUGCCUAACCACUGAUGUCGCUAGCAUGGUUGAAGUUCCAGGGGAUGGUGUGCCCCAGGAGGCUGACUACCGCUUCCGUGUAUGCUCUGCCAAUCAGUAUGGGUGCAGUGAGCAUGUGGAAUUCCCAGGCUCCGUGCAUCUUGUGCCCAGAGCCCACAUAAAGGAGGGACUGCAAGAUGUGACGGUUUGUAUCAAUGAGGAUGCCACUUUUUCAGUGAAGCUGUCAGCUCCCAUGUCUGGUUGCUGGUACCUCAGUGGGAAGAGGCUGGCAAAGGAAGAGGAAGACCAGCAGUACCUCAUCAUGCACAGUGGAGUGAGCCAUACUUUGCAGGUCAAAAAUGUGCAGUUAGCUGCCAAUGGGUCCGAGGUGCGAUUUGAAGCCAAUGGUGUGAAAGAAUCAGCAGUGUUGCAUGUACAAGAAACUCCUGUCCAUAUUAUGCACUGCAGCCCUGAGGAAGCUCACACCUACCUGGUCUCAGAGCGUGUGGUACUGGCCUGUGAGCUGUCCCGUCCUAACGCCCCUGUGUGCUGGUACAAGGAUGGGGAAAAGGUGGAGGAAAGCCAGGACCUCCUGCUGGAGAACGAGGGUCCACACUGCCGGCUGAUCCUUGUCUCUGCCCACGUCCAGGAUACAGGAGAGUUUGUGUGUGAUGCAGGUGGUGACUCUGCCUUCUUCAACAUCACUAUCACAGAGCCACCUGUACAGGUGGUAUGCUCCAAUGCAGAUGAGGCUCAUACUUACUGGGCUUUAGAACAAGUAACUUUGGCCUGUGAGCUGUCCCGCCCUAAUGCUCUCGUGCACUGGUAUAAGGAUGGGAAAGCAGUAGAAGAAACGGAGGGUCUGCGGCUGGAAAGCGAAGGGCCUCAUCACCGCCUGAUCAUUGCCUCAGCCCAGGUGCAAGACACAGGAGAAUUUGUAUGUGAUCUGGGAGGCGAUUCUGUCUUUUUCAUUGUAACUGUUUCAGACCAUCCUGUAAGGAUCAUAUACUCCAAUGAUGAAGAGAGCCAUGUUUACCAGGUUGCAGAACGCAUAGAGCUAUCCUGCGAGCUUUCUCGUCCUGAUGCCCUCGUAAAUUGGUACAAGGAUGGAGAAGAGGUGGAAGAAAGUGAAGGACUCCUACUGGAGAGUGAGGGCCCUCACCGUCGGUUGGUCAUUCCUUCAGCUCAAGUAAAAGAUUCUGGGGAGUUUGUGUGUGAUGCAGGUGGCGAUUCGGCAUUCUUCAACAUCACUGUCACAGAACCACUUGUGCAAAUUGUGCAGUCCAAUGCAGAGGCCACUCAUGCUUAUCAGACCUCCGACCGCGUGGUGCUGACCUGCGAGCUUUCUUGCCCCAACGCCCCUGUCCAAUGGUACAAAAAUGGGGAGGAAUUAGAAGAAGGUGAUGGCUUGCUAUUUGAGAGCCAAGGGCCCCACCGACGACUCGUCCUUCCCUUCGCGCAAGUGCAAGACAGUGGCGAGUUUGUGUGUGAUGCAGGCGAUGACUCUGCCUUCUUCAAUGUUACAGUUGCAGAAGCUCAGUGCUUCCAGACUAUCCUGGCUGGGAUGCCACUCCUUCUGGAAUGCCAAGUCUCCACACCUGAUGCCUCUGUCCAGUGGCUCAAGGAUGGAGAUCCUGUGCUGAUGGAUGAAAAUAGUCUCAUUGUCAAAUCAGAGGGCUGCCUUAGGAGGCUUUUGAUUAAUUCAGCCUGCCUCUUGGACUCAGGAACCUACACAUGUUGCACAGCUGACGAGACGGUUGACUUCACUGUGACUGUGGAAGAGGUGCCUGUCCGUGUUAUUCAGUCCACUGCAGAUGCAAGUCACAUCUACCAGACUUCAGACCGUGUGGUGCUAUCUUGUGAGCUGUCUUGCCCAGAUGUUGCAGUUUGCUGGUAUAAAGAUGGGAAGGAGGUGGUGGAAAACAAUGGUUUCUUGCUGGAAAACAAGGGAUUCCAUCAUCGUCUGGUCAUCCCUGCUGCUCAGAAACAUGAUACAGGAGAGUAUAUGUGUGAUGCUGCUGGAAAUUCCAUAUUUUUCAAUGUCACCAUCACUGAGCCUCUGGUGCAGAUUUUGCAGCCAGUGGAACGUUCACUAGAGAAGCAGGUGCAGGAAUUUGACCGCCUAGAGUUGAGCUGCACAGUGUCCAUUCCUGAUGCCCCGGUGCGCUGGUUCAAAGAUGGCCUAGAGGUGGAUGAGACACACAACCUGUUGCUUCACGCAGAAGGUGCAGAACGUUGCCUGAUGAUCUUGCGGACAAGCGUUGAAGAUGCUGGGGAAUACAUCUGUGAGACCAAGGAUGAAUCUGUCUCCUUUGAUGUCAUGGUUUCAGAGUCCCCUGUGAAGAUCGUGCAGCCGCGCAGGACUCCCUCUGUCCUGAAGGCCUCAACGGGGGAUACAGUGACCCUGGCCUGUGUGCUCUCCCAUGGGAAUGCGCCUGUCCACUGGGUUAAGGAUGGUGUCAGAGUAGAGGCCAACAGCGGCCUCAUCCUGGAGGAAGAGGGUGCCCGGCGGUGUUUGGUCAUCCCUGCAGCUGGCCCAGAGCAUUCUGGGAAAUAUAUCUGCCACACUCUUGAUGAUACCAUGACCUUCACCCUCCAGGUGUCUGAUCCCCCAGUCCAAAUAGUGGGGCGAGAUGAGCUGCAAACACACCACCAUUGUUUGGUUUCUGAAGACCUGGUGCUCUCGAUAACAUUGUCUUGCCCCAAAGGAGAGGUGAAGUGGUACAAGGAUGGGGAAAAACUGCAGGACACGGAACGUGUGUGGUUGGAACAAGAUGGAACACGACAUUCAUUGGUGAUUUCAGCAGUGGAAAUGUCUGAUGCUGGGGAAUAUCUGUGCGACAGUGGUGAUGAUAGCCUUAUCUUCUAUGUCAUGAUAGAAGUCCCUAGGUUGGUGGAGAUAAUUUCUGAGCUGCAUAAUUUAACGGUGCUGGAAGGGGAUGAUGCCAUUUUCAAAGUGGUGAUAUGUCCCGAUGAUGUCAGGUUGAAUUGGCAGCUGAAUGGACAAGACGUCGUGAACAGUGAGCGGUUGACCAUAACCAAGAAUGGGCUAUGCCAUACCCUCACCCUACGACAAUGCCGCUUGAGUGACACCGGCAUAGUCAUCGUCUGUGCGGAAGGUCUGUCAAGUUCAGGCAGACUCAGUGUGCAAGAGGCUCAGGUGCUGUUUGUGCGGACGUUGCGUGAUUUGGCGGCUGAGGAGGGACAGGAUGUCCGCUUGGAAGUGGAGCUGAGCGUGGAGAGUGCGGAGGUGCAGUGGAUGAAGCAAGGCAUCUUACUGCAGCAGAAUCCAAGACACUCCAUGGAGGUGCAAGGGCCAAAAAGGGUCCUUACUAUCCAUCAGAUUGAGCUUGCUGACCGAGGCACCUAUCGCUGUGAGAGUCUGCAUGAUCGCACUCAAGCCAGGCUGAGCGUGGAACCCCGGAAGGUGACAGUGAAGAAACCACUAUCAGAUGUGGAGACAUUGGAAAAGGAGACAGUGACAUUUGAGCUUGAGCUUUCUCACCCCAAUGUAUUGGGGGUCUGGACGCGUGACGGCAUCCGUGUGAAGCCUAGUUCCACCUGCCAAAUGAGUGCCACUGGUUGUGUGCACAGCCUGACGCUGCAAAGGCUCAUGCUAGAUGACACAGGGACUGUGGCCUUCACUGCGGAUACUGUGCGGAGCUGUGCGCGCCUUACGGUCCGAGAGCCACCAAUUACAAUGCUGCGCUUGCCCCAGGACUUGGGAAUUCCCGAGACAGGCUCAGCUACCUUUGAGUGUGAGCUGUCCCGACCCCUGGCUGAGGUGAAGUGGUACAAGGAUGGCAAGGAGAUCCAGGUGAGCCCCAACUGCCGCAUAUAUUCAGUGGGGCGUCGGCGUCUCCUGCAGCUCAACCAUUGCAGCCUUGAAGAUGCUGGCGAAUAUAUGUGUGAUGCCGGUGAUUGCCAUGCCUCUGCCAAACUGAGAAUCUUUGAACGUCAGGUCCAGAUUGUGCGAGAGCUGGAGGAUGUCCGUGUGCAGGAGAACGAGAAUGCUGUUUUCAUAUGUGAGGUGUCCCUAGCGGAGGUGAAAGGUGAAUGGUAUAAUAAUGGAGAGAGACUCAAAGUCACCAGCACUGUGAAAAUACGACAGGAAGGAACCCGCCACUUCUUGCUUCUGAGCUCUGCCCGCCCUGAGGACACAGGCCAGGUCCGUUUUGUGGCCAAGACAGCAGCUUCGGAAGCCAGGCUGGAAGUGGAAGCAUUGCCAAUUCGCAUUGUGAAGCCACUGCGGGAUAAAACUGUACUGGUGCGUCACAAAGCCACGCUGGAAUGCACAGUGUCUCAGGCUCGAGGACGUGUGCGCUGGUUUCGGGGUGACACAGAGAUCUAUGCUGGGCCAAAGUAUGAAAUCUGCAACUUGGAUUGUUACCGAACUCUGGUUAUUCACUGUGUGGAUCCUGCAGAUGAAGGCCUGUAUACCUGUGAUGCCCUGGAUGAUCAUUCCACAGCCCGCCUGCUAGUGGAGGCUGAGGGAAUCCAGGUGGUCCAACCUCUGAAGAACGUGGAAGUGAUGGCUCCCUUUGAGGCGCAGUUUGAGUGUGAAAUAUCUGCCCCUUCAGACUUCACUCCCCAGUGGAGCCUCAACGGGGAGGAGCUGCAGCCUGGCUUGCAGGUGCAGAUGGAGAGUGUGGGACACAUCCAUAAACUGAGGUUCUGCAGGACUAGUCCUAACAUGAGUGGGAUGGUGAAGAUUACCAUUGGUAAUGCCCGUUCCAAAGCCCAUCUCACAGUGCGAGGUAAAUAUGUCUAA